AUGUCUCAACAGUCGCAUGGCCCAAGCCUUAAUCGGCUGUCCCAGCUGCCCAGCGAGCUUUUGGUCGCCAUCUUCCAGCAGUGUGCGGAUUUUUCCUCGGUGUGGAGUCUUAUGCGUACAUCGAAACUGAUGUUAUCUGUGUUUAAUGAUGGAGCCUGUGACAUUGUUUCUGGAGUCAUGCUUUUAGCUGUGCCUGUCCAGACUCGGAUUGUCAUGCAAGGAAUCCUCGCCAUGCAUGUGGGCACUUUUCAAUGGGAAAAAUAUGGGGACGUCGAUUAUUUUAUGAGCAGUAAAAUCCGACCAGCAAAUAGGAUUAUAGCAUCGUCCGCACAGCUGCGCAAGUUUGUCUAUCUCGCCCACUAUAUCCAUGUCCUGGCGCAUCUAUGUAUCGAACGAAUGAUCCAGCGAUGUCUUGAGAGUCCAUUAGGCCAACGACAGUAUCCCCCAGAGUUCGAACUUCCCACAUGGACAGAGGAGCAACGGACCGUUCUUGCAUUUUGGCGCCUGCUAUUCUGGAAUCAACUCAAGAUUGAAGGUGCAAAAGGAUCUCUGGGAUGGUCCACGGCUGACCUAGAACGACUGGCCUCGAGCCAUCUCUAUAAUCAUUAUAAAUACAAUGCUCAGGUCUACCAGGGCUUUGCAGCUUUGGCUUUAAUUGCCGAGAUCUUACCGGCGGGAAGGUCCUUUGACCCCUCCAAGAGGCUGGCUCAGUAUUCCUUUCCGCUGCCGAGCAUGCCCAGGGAAAGAGAGUUUGACUGGGUCUGCGAGCCUCCUCCUUCAUCAGAAGCUAUUACCCAGGGUCGGACGUUUGAAGACUGUAGACAUGAUUUGGAUGUGAUGUUCCCCCUACAACAAACAGGGCACACUCAGCAAAGAGGGGACGAUGAGUCUAGCCCAGAGACAGCCCAAGACCCUAGCCAUGAUCUCAUCAGUCCUGCAAACAGUCCUGAACACAGUCCCGAGUCUCCUUCUCCGGCUCUUCCAAACCUGACAGGUGAAGCUGUACAGCCAUCUGGACGACAACUACAUCGAUAUUUCUACGGAACAGACUCUGAGGACGAAUCGUCCGACGACAAUGAAUGGAACACCGCUGAGGACUUCGAUGACGACACAGAAGACAACACCGAGGGUGAAGAAUCAAGCUCCGACUCGAGCUCUGAUUCAAGCAGGGAUGGCCCUAGAAGAGGCGCGAUCGUCUGCAUCUUGAGGGAACCCACCCCGUCUCCUCCAGAUGAAUUGUAUGUCUGGCACCUACGGCAGCCCUAUGUGCCUCCCCCGGUUCGUGAUUAUGGGCCCCAGUCGCUGCGGGGCCCGGAGUGGGAAGACCUUGACCGAGAACCGCUCGGUAUCCAAUUCUGGCGCAGUAUGUAUGGUGGGAAUCCCGCGGCCGGACCGGCCAAGUAUAUGCGGUUCCACCCGUAUGCUCGCUAUGGAUUCGCAUUCUGGGAGGAGCAGCGGAUGAUGCAGCUAGGACUAUGGUCGCACCAGGCCCUUGACGAUCCAAUCGAGUACUACCGACGAUGGUAUGCCUUUCUGAGUCAAAAGGAUAUUAAGCGCUGGAAGCAGAACUUCCGAUCUAGUGAUGAUGAGGCCUACGAAUGA